AUGGGUGGAAAAUACUGUGUGAAUAAGUACUCCGUGUACACUUCAGUAAAUGGCAGCGCUCUCUCUAACCUAAAAUCUCUGAUUAAUUUGUACACAGACAGGGAAACUGGCAAGCUGAAGGGAGAGGCAACCGUCUCUUUUGAUGACCCACCUUCUGCUAAAGCAGUUAUUGACUGGUUUGAUGGUAAAGAAUUCUCCGGAAAUCCUAUCAAGGUCUCAUUUGCUACUGGCCGGGCAGACUUUAAUCGGGGUGGUGGCAAUGGUCGUGGAGGCCAAGGGCGAGGAGGACCCAUGGGCCAUGGAGGCUACGGAGGUGGUGGCAGUGGUGGUGGCGGCCGGGGAGGAUUUCCCAGUGGAAGUGGUGGCGGUGGAGGACAGCAGCGCGCUGGUGACUGGAAGUGUCCUAAUGCCACCUGUGAGAACAUGAACUUCUCUUGGAGGAAUGAAUGCAACCAGUGUAAAGCUCCUAAACCAGAUGGCCCAGGAGGGGGACCAGGCGGCUCUUAUAUGGGAGGUAACUACGGAGAUGAUCGUCGUGGUGGCAGAGGAGGCUAUGAUCGAGGAGGCUACCGGGGCCGUGGUGGGGACCACGGAGGCUUCCGAGGGGGCCGGGGUGGUGGGGACAGAGGUGGCUUUGGCCCUGGCAAGAUGGACUCCAGGGGUGAGCACAGACAGGAUCGCAGGGAGAGGCCGUAUUCGCCUGGCUCCCCAGGUUCUGGAACAGCUUUUCUUCCUGUACCAAGUGUUACCCUCGUUAUGUUGUAACCUUCCAACUCCUGAUUACCCCAAGGGGGUUUUUUGUGUCGGACUAUGUAAUUGUAACCAUACCUCUGGUUCCCAUUAAACAUGACCAUUUUAGUU